GAGUCUGGUGAUGUCGAUGAACAAUCUGUCCACACUCCCGCGAGAGUUCCAACGCUUGGUCAAUCUCAGGGUUUUGAAUGUGUCCUUCAACAAGUUCACAGAGAUCCCCGAAUGCGUGUACCAGCUGAGCAGGUUAGAGCAGCUGUCGAUCGCAGGCAAUGAGCUAAAGGUCCUCCCUAAGGAUAUCGGCAGGCUGACCAAUCUGUUCAAGUUAUAUAUACAACGCAACUUCCUGACUGAACUUCCCGAUCAGUUAAACACGCUGAGAGAGCUGCAAAUGUUAAACGCGUCUUACAACUACAUCACAAAGAUGCCCAAAUUAGAUAUGGCGGGCCUCGAAUUUGUCUGUCUGAACCAGAACCCGUUAGAAGAGGUGUGGUGCGAGAGUGAGAAUCUGUACCUGUUCCAGCUGUCUGAUACGCUCGUGCAGUCCCUCUACAUGGGCGUUAACACAGCCAACCUGGUCCACGUGGUGUUGGCGCGCAAUAAACUCACCGAGCUCAGCGAUGCGGCGUUCAACGCAAUGGCCAAUGUCGAGUCGCUGAUUGUAGAUCAUAACGAAUUAACAUGUCUUCCGAAGCGGACCUUUGAGAGCAAUAGCUUACAGUUCUUCAGUGCAUGUUGGAAUAAAAUUGAGGCUCUGCCCACACAGGUGUCCAAUCCCAAUUUAGUCGAUAUUCGGUUACAAAACAAUCGGAUCAAAGUGCUCCCGCCGGCAUUUGAUCAGUUCCAUCAGUUGCGAACGCUGCAGAUGUCAGGCAACCCUCUGGAGGCCGUCCCCGGCUUCUGCAACUCCAAUGCGAAUGUGAUGGAAGAGGUCAGUCUCUCGCAUUGCCAAUUGGACGAUAGCGUAUGGGCGUGCAUUCUCACCAUGACGCGUUUGCGCAUAUUGGACCUGAGCUACAACCGCAGUAUCACGGAGCUUCCGCCGGCGCUGGGUGCGAGAUGCCCUAAUUUAGAAAUAAUCAAUCUGGUGGGCAACGAUCUGCACGAUAUCACACCCAUCCGCAGCAUCAACGGCGUGAAGCAGUUGUUCUUAGGCCGUAAUUUCGUUACCCAAAUCCCGUCGCCGAUGUUCUUACCUUCCCUAUUCCACCUGGAUAUGAGUUAUAACAAGUUGGCGACAUGCGAUCUCACCCUCACGACGACGCUCAGGGUGCUCGAGUUACAGGGCAAUGACAAUCUCCAACCGAAUACACAGAAAAAGUUAGAAGCUUUAGCUGUAUGCUGGACAUCUGGCGAGAGCUCCAUGCAAGGCCGACGCCCGACAAUGGAGGAUGCGCAUUUACUCCUUAAUAGUUUCACGGACAGCGGCGACGGCCUGUUUGCCGUAUUUGAUGGUCACGCAGGCGAUGAUGCUGCGCUUGUGAUGGCGCAUGUGUUCGCAGACGAAUUCCUAAAAGCGCUAGCGGAUCCGCCAACUGGGUGUUCGUGCGGGUGUGUGUGUGAAAAGGGGUGCUACAAAUCAGUCAUGUUCUCGGCCUUCAGAGAAGCGAAUCACAUUGUGGGCGGCAAGAAAUUCGACAAGGGUGGGGCGACAUCAGUUGUGCUAUACAUAACGCCGCCCAUCCAGGCCCAAAGCGCUGGCGAGCCAGCCGGCUGCAAAUGCACAGAGGCUACACCCGACGCAGAUGUAUGCGAGGGUACACACCACAGGAAUACAGUGGGAAUCAAUACAGCCACACACACCAUUGACAUAGCAACGGACAACACCAUACCGAACGAAGAUACUAGCAUGGCCGGCGCUCGAACGCCUGAGGGAGUGAACAGUGAUGAUAUCACCAGCGUUGCCAUGGUUACGGAGGGGAGUGAUGGUAUAGAAAUCAAUGCGGAAUCUGUGGGAUUUGCGGUGGAUACGGUUGUCCAGACCGCCAAUGUACCCACAGAGGGUCUCAGCAAUGGCGCUCCGUCUGGCUCCGAGAAUGGGGAGAGGUAUAUGGUGAUAGGCAACGUGGGCGAUGCUGAGGCGGCCAUGUGCAUGUCCGACGGGACGGCUGUUGAGCUGACAGUCAAGCACAGCAUAUGCAGGAAAGAAGAGGAAACUAGGAUAAGAUCGCAUGCAGGUGGCUAUAUUACAGAUGCGGGGCGUGUCGUCGGCGUGCUAGCGACUUGCCGAGCGGUGGGUGACUUCCGGCUAUACCCAUACGUCAGCUGCGUGCCGUCGGUGCGGAAAGUGAAACUCACCCAGGACGUGAAAUUCGUUAUCCUGGCAUGUGAUGGUCUAUUUGAUGUCAUGUCGCUCCAAGAAGCCGUGGACCUGAUAAUCGACUUCACGGAUCCGGCAAUGGCCGCAGCCUAUCUGAGGAAUUAUGCAUUCGCCAUGGGCUCUGCCGAUAAUAUUAGUGUACAGGUUAUUCUCUUCAACCACACUUGAGAGAUCGGGCUCGUUGCUAUCAAUACACGAGGGAUAUGUUGUUCUCGUCAAGAGAUGGCUUGCCGAUGAUUCGAUAUUCUGAAUGAAGCUUUUUGUAAAAGCAAACAGAAUAAAAUUGAGCAAAUUAGUGAUAUUGCUAACGCC